AGGUUUCAUUUCCUCCUUUCUCAGACUAAGGAGUUGGAUGAGGCGAUCUCUACAGUCCCUGCCAAUUGCCAUGUUUUGCUAUAAUACCUAGGUAGUUGUAAUAUUAUAUCCUAACAAUAAAAAAUGUGCUCAUUUCUGGACAAGCACAUUCCUUUAACCAGUUGGAGUCAGUAAAGCCAAUGGAAGACUGGACAGUGAAUCUGAACUUUCUCCGGGCACCUGGGUGCUCCCUGCAGGUUCUGCCUGGGAAAGGCGGCUCCCUCUCUGCUGGGAAAGGUUUCACUUUCGAGAUUGCAGCAAAUUUGCCGCCCGCCCGUCCCCGAUGAACACACGGCUGGAUUGGGACUGAUGACAACAGGGACGGUCAGCUGUCCUCAGAGUACACAAAGGGCAGAAUCAUGAGCUGGAGGCUGCUGUGUCAUAUCUCCUGCUUUCUGGGACUGUUGCCCUUUUGGAUACAGUGUACGUCUUCUGCCAACAGAUGUGCUGUUUGGCACGAAGUAGCUGACUGCAGUCAUCUGAAGUUGACUCAGAUACCUGAUGACCUCCCAGCAAACAUAACAGUGCUAAAUCUAACCCAUAAUCAACUCAGAAAAUUACCACCUGCCAAUUUUACAAGAUACAGUCAACUUACUAUCUUGGAUGCAGGAUUUAACUCCAUUUCAAAACUGGAGCCAGAAUUGUGCCAAAAACUUCCCUUGUUGGAAAUUUUGAACCUCCAACACAAUGAGCUAUAUCAACUUUCUGACAAAACCUUUAUCUUCUGCCGGAAUUUGACUGAACUCCAUCUUAGGUACAACUUAAUCCAUAAAAUUCAAAAUAAUCCCUUUAAAGACCUGAAGAAUUUAAUCAAAUUAGAUUUAUCUCACAAUGGCUUAUCAUCUACUAAAUUAGGAACUCAACUCCAACUGGAAAAUCUCCAAGAACUUUUAUUAUCAAAUAAUAAAAUUCAUGUACUAAAACGUGAAGAACUUGAUUUCCUUGGCAAUUCUUCUUUAAAAAAAUUAGAGUUGUCUUCAAAUCAAAUUAAAGAGUUUUCUCCAGGGUGUUUCCAUGCAAUUGGAAAAUUAUUUGGUCUCUCUCUGAACAAUGCCCAACUGGGCCCCAGUCUCACCGAGAACCUUUGUCAGGAAUUGUCAAACACAAGCAUUCAGACUCUCUCCCUGAGCAGCACCCAGCUGUACAGAACAAGCAACAUGACUUUCGCUGGACUAAAGCAGACGAACCUCACCGUGCUUGAUCUUUCCUAUAAUGGCUUAAAUGUGAUCGGCAAUGAUUCCUUUGCUUGGCUUCCACAUCUAGAAUAUCUCUUCCUGGAGUAUAAUAACAUAGUACAUUUGUCUUCUCGCUCCUUCUAUGGGCUUUUCAAUGUGAGAUACCUGAAUUUGAGACGCUCUUUUACUAAACAAAGCAAUUCCCUUGCUUUGUUUCCCAAGAUUGAUGAUUUUGCCUUUCAGUGGCUAACAUGUUUGGAGCAUCUUAACAUGGACGAUAACAACUUUCCAGGCAUAAAAAGCAAUAUGUUCAUGGGACUCACACAGCUGCGAUAUUUAAGUUUAUCCAACUCUUUCACCAGUUUGCAAACUUUAACAAAUAAAACAUUUGUAUCACUUGCUCAUUCUCCUUUACUAAUACUCAACCUAACAAAAAAUAAAAUCUCAAAAAUAGAGAGGGGUGCUUUUUCUUGGUUGGGCCACCUAAAGGUACUUGACCUCGGCAUUAAUGACAUUGGGCAGGAACUCACGGGCCAGGAAUGGAGAGGUCUAGAAAACAUUGUUGAAAUCUACCUUUCCUACAACAAAUACCUGCAACUGACUAGCAGCUCUUUUGCCCUGGUUCCAAGCCUUCAGCAACUGAUGCUCCGAAGGGUGGCCCUUAAAAACCUGGAUAGCUCCCCUUCACCUUUUCGCCCUCUUGCCAAUAUGACCAUCCUUGAUCUAAGCAACAACAACAUAGCCAACAUCAAUGAUGAACUGUUGGAGGGUCUGGACAGACUGGAAAUUCUGGAUUUGCAGCAUAACAACUUAGCCCGGCUCUGGAAACAAGCAAAUCCUGGUGGUCCUGUGAAUUUUCUAAAGGGUCUUUCUCACCUCCACAUCCUUAAUUUAGAGUCUAACGGCUUUGAUGAGAUCCCAGCAGAGGCCUUCAAGGACUUGCUUCAGUUAAAGAGCAUCAAUUUAGGGUUGAAUAAUUUAAACAUACUUCCACCAUCCAUCUUUGACAAUCAGGCAUCUCUAAAGUCGUUAAACCUUCAGAAGAAUCUCAUCACAUCAGUUGAGAAGGAUGUUUUUGGGCCAGCUUUCAGGAACCUGAGUAAUUUAGAUAUGCGCUUUAAUCCGUUUGAUUGCACGUGUGAAAGUAUUGCCUGGUUUGUUACCUGGCUCAAUGCUACCCAUACCAAUAUCUCUGAACUAUCAAGCCAUUACCUCUGCAAUACCCCGCCUCAAUAUCAUGGUUUUCCAGUGAUGCUUUUUGAUAUAUCACCCUGCAAAGACAGUGCCCCCUUCAAACUCCUUUUCAUAAUAAAUACCAGUAUCUUACUGAGUUUUAUUUUUAUUGUACUGUUCAUCCAUUUUGAAGGCUGGAGGAUAUCCUUCUACUGGAAUGUUUUAGUGCAUCGAGCUCUUGGUUUCAAAGAAAUGGAUAGACAGCCAGAGCAGUUUGACUAUGCGGCGUAUAUAAUUCAUGCCUAUGAAGAUAGGGACUGGGUCUGGGAGAACUUCUCCCCAAUGGAAGAACAAGAUCAAAGUCUCAGAUUUUGUCUGGAAGAAAGGGACUUCCAGGCAGGUGUCCUUGAACUUGAAGCAAUUGUUAACAGCAUCAAAAGGAGCAGAAAAACCAUUUUUGUUGUAACACAGCAUCUAUUAAAAGAUCCAUUAUGCAAAAGAUUCAAGGUGCACCAAGCAGUUCAAAAAGCUAUUGAACAAAACCUAGAUUCCAUUAUCUUGAUCUUUCUUGAGGAGAUUCCAGAUUAUAAACUGAACCAUGCACUCUGCUUGCGAAGAGGAAUGUUUAAAUCUCACUGCAUCUUGAACUGGCCAGUUCAGAAAGAACGGAAAAAUGCCUUUCAUCACACAUUGCAAGUAGCACUUGGGUCCAGAAAUUCAGUACAUUAGAUUUAUUUAAAAAUUAAACAAAGGAAUAACUUUCCUAAUUUAAAAAGUUUCAUGGUAAAUUUAAGUUUUACUUGGAAACAGUGUAAAUCCGUUUGUUUAUAUUUUAUAGGUGAGAGUAUUAGAUCACAGUUAUCUCUCUUCUAUGGAAAUAUAUCUCCUUAUUUCAGACUUUUUAUAACCAAUUGACUUAAUUCGACCCAAAAGAAACAUAUAGGAAUAUUCCCUAUUAAUGAAUAUACAUAAUUGGUUACUGAGGCCAAUGAAAACUUAAGAAAGUUUAAAAAUAUUCCUCAUUUAAGUAAGGUAAGAGUUAUGUGAGGGUUUGUAAUAGUUAUAUUUGGGUUUUUUAUGUACUCAGAAUAAAAAAUAAUUGUUUUAAUGGGC